AUGAAAAGUAAGUAAUCUUUAAACACAGAAUGUAAAUACACAUGGCAGGAUUGAUGACUGUUUUGAUGGUUUAAAAGUCAUUUUGAAAAAAAAUGUUAACUCCAGAUUUUCAAUUAAAGCAGGAUGAAAAUAAUCUCACAAUCAUCAUUAUUGCGCCACAUGCACGGGUAACUGACACAGAAAUCUUUAUAGAAGAUGAUGAAUUCAGGUUUCAUUCAAAGCCAUAUUUUUUAAGGCUGUGUCUUCCUGGUAAUAUUGUGGAAAAUGGGCAUGAAAAAGCCAACUAUGACUCUAGUAAAGGUAUAUUUACCAUUGUGGUACCUAAAGAAAGCCCAGGAGAAAUGUUUGAAGGACUGGACAUGCUGACUUCUCUUCUGACUCCAAAGUCUCAGAAACUGAAGAAACCAGUGAUUGAAGUCAUUAAGAAGGAUGAAGAUGAGAAAGUAGAGGAGGAGGCUCAUUUAGAAGAAGAAAAGCAGGAGGAAGAGUUUGAUUGGCAUGUGGAACAACAACCAUAUAAGGAGAAAGAAUUACUAUUGGACGGCCAGACAUAUGGGUUUGCCAAUCAGAAGUCGGGAAUAUUCAAAAGAUUACAGGAUGAGGUCUAUGAGAUAGUGGAUUUACCGAACCCUGAACACUGUCCACCAGCAGACAGACGGACGAUGAGGGAACAGGCAGAAACUGAAAAGUUUGAUCCAGACCAUUACAUAGCUGAUCUGUAUGAUGAUGAUGCCAUACAACAGAUAAUGAAGUAUGAUCCUCCUUGGUGUUAUAUGUCAGAGGACAAGGACAUAAAAGUUGAAUUUACAGAAGAAGAAAAACAAAAAAUGAAGAACCUGCCCAAGAAAGAAUAUUUAUUGGAUGAUGCCAUGGUAACAACUUUGUAUUUGGGAUUGAUUGACAUUCUCUUUGGAUACGCCUACAAUGUGAGAAUAAAUGAAGGAGAUGAAAAUGUGGAGUCUGGUUGGACAAUCUGUAAACUUAGUGCCACCCUAUCCUGGUUAGAGACGUUCAGCAGUGUGAGUGAUGUGGUGAGGUCCUGUAUCAGGAGAAGCCUCUGUUAUCCCCUGUACAGACACUGGGACCUCUCCCAGACCGUACUACAGGAUGUACACAACAUACUGGCUGCUGGUAAGCAGCAGGUGUUGAAAUGUCUGCUGGACAUACACAGUAUACUUGGCAGCUCCUACCCCAGGUACAUCCUCAAUGACCUCUAUAUCACAGACUACUGUGUGUGGGUACAGACAAUAAGUAAUAAAAGACUCAAGACUUUGGCAUCAGCAUUGGAAAAGAGAACAAUUUCAAAAAAGGAUGUGGGAUUUGAACUGGAAUCCAUAGAGACAAAUCCAGCAGAUACAGAGAAAGGAGAUAGUAUUACAGAGGAAGUAUUAGUUGAUUCACUGAAAGCUGUAAGUAUAAAUCAAGCUGGCAGUGACAGUGAUGAUGACAGUGAAGUCAGUGACAAUGACACUAGUGAAGACAGGGAUGAUGUUAGUGAUGACUGUGCAGAAUCUGUACAGAGUGAAAAAAUAUCUUAUUCUAAAAAAGAAAACAUCCCAUAAUUUAGAUCUUUGUAACAGCAGAGCCAAUAAAAAUGAUAUUGAUGAUUUUU